CAUACUCAUAUAACGGACCAAGAAUCCCUCCGUCUGUCUGCCGCCGUUAACGGACACGACUGUUCAUAAUGGUGUGAAUUAUUAUCAGAAACGUUAUGAGACACGGUGUGUGCCACACAGGGGAGACGAGAAUGCCGGACACUUAUGUAAAACUACACUGAAUCAGUGAGAUGUCUCUGGCUCAGAGGGUUUUGCUGACCUGGGUCUUCACCCUGGUCUUCCUCAUCAUGCUGGUACUGAAACUGGACGGGAAGGUGCAGUGGAACUGGUUCCUCAUCUUCCUCCCAGUCUGGGUAUUCGACGGCAUCCUCAUCCUCAUGCUCGCCAUCAAGAUGGCAGGCCGCUGCAAACCCGGGUAUGACCCGCGCAACGGCUCCCCGGACCUGCGUCUGCGCGCCUGGUAUCUGACAGCCAUGCUGCUCAAGCUGGGCUUCUGCCUGACGUUGUGCGCCAAGCUGGAGAAGCUCGCGGACGUUAAGCUGACGUUUGUGUGCAUACCACUGUGGACCAUGUUGCUGGGGGCGCUGGUGGAGCUGGGACUGAACAUCUUUCCUGAGAGGAGAGAAGCCUGAUAGCGGACGAAGAGUUACACCAAGAAAAAAAAUAGUUGGGGAUAGAUUUGCGGUUGUAUGACCAAGACUGUGCGAAACUGGAGCUGAUCAUGUUUCCAGAGAAGAAAUCAAAUCAUCACUUUAGUUAUUAGUGUUCUUAAGAGUAAGAGACUUUGGGUGAAAUAAAAAUCAUGGUGGAGUACGCUGUGAGGACACGGCAGAGACUCUACUGUCUGUCCACUCGUUUAAAAUUUUCACAAUAGCUAAAAAAUGUCUCAAAAAGCCAGACAGGGAUCAACUCUAAAUGUAUAAGACUACUGUGAAGCCUACACUGGAAGAAACAUUAACAUCUGCUAAUGUUUCCUUUUGUCUUGAACUCAAAAUGUUCAGUAUUAUUUUCUAUUUUCUCUGUAUAUAAGCUGCCACCCCUGCUCUCACAAAGAACGUCACUGAACAGUAUUUAAUUCUCUCGGUACCAAAUCAUGGCGUGCACAUUUUGCUACAUACGCUUUAAAUAAUUGCGCGGCUGUAUUUACAGCGCAAACACUUUCUUCUUCUCAUUCCCGAGCUGUGGAGGGUCGCCGGCCAAAUAUCAUUUCACGAGUUAUAAAUUAACUUUAGAGGUGUUCGUGACGACAGCCCGGUUUGGCUGCAAGCGCUUGGAGAAAUUGGAUAAUUCAAGAAGUUGUCCAGGACUUCAAAGCGUCUUGGAACAACUUGUGAUUUUUCCACAGGCUGCCCUCUCUGCUCCGUACAAGGUCUCUUUUGUACCAUGUAAAUCAUGAUGUGCCCCGUGAGAAACAGUAAGCUGUUAUUACCGCGAGGUCGACAGGGAAACACCUCGACACGUAUCACGAUAAAGAUCACGUUCCUACUGUGUAUUAACUUUAAUUAUUAGGGCGUAAAUACCUCCCACCAGCGGUUUAUAGUCUUGUGUCAUCAUCGUUUUCAACUCUAAGGUACGGCUGACACUGUGCAUGCAUGACAUCUGUAUUGUGCCAUUUGAUUAUGAGUGUUUCAGAUACAUUCUCUGCGUUGUUUUGCACUGUGUUGAAAUGAAAAGGAAUAAUAGGUGUUUUGGGACUGAAAGUAUUUGAUAAUUAAUGCACGUCUUGCAAAAAAUAAAUGGAUUCUGUACAUGAAA